AUGCGGAAUUAGCGUCCAAUACAUCCUCACCCAGCUUUAGUCUGCCACGCCUUGUUUCAGUUUGCGCGCUUGAAUUCAAGAAUAGUAGUAAUAAUACCAUUAGGUAUCAGCAACAGAAGUGGGUUUUUCAGGAAUCUCUGGAACGGAUGAGUACCCAGCUCACUGGUCUCUGGCCCAACUUUCCGGCUACCAAGCUCAGCGGCGGACAGAGUCUUCCUAGCAGAAUCUACUCACCACCUUCCACCAUAUGCGCCGCUCAUCCUCUUCCCUCUUCGUCUUCUAUUCAGAUUGUUGGUGGAAAAGCUUUGGGAUGGCAGACAAAUGGGAAUUCAAAACCGAGUACAAAUUUAGGGAGAACUGAAGCAGAAAAUGACUGGGAUGAUUUGGAAACUGAUCUAUAUCACUGGACAAAGACAUUACGCUCUAUUCAGUGGUUUCCUGGGCACAUUUCAAAAACUGAAAAAGAACUCAAGGAGCAACUGAAACUGAUGGAUGUUGUUAUAGAGGUUCGAGAUGCAAGGAUUCCAAUGUCGACUGGCCAUCCGCAGAUGGAUGCAUGGCUUGGCAAUCGGAAAAGAAUCUUGGUUUUAAAUCGAGAGGACAUGAUAUCCACUGCAGAUAGGAAUGCUUGGGCAAAUUAUUAUGCUAGACAAGGUGUAAAAGUGAUCUUUUCCAAUGGGCAGCUGGGGAUGGGUACCAUGAAGCUAGGUAGGUUGGCAAAGGAAUUAGCAGGUGGUGUGAACAUGAAACGCAGAGCAAAAGGACUGCUCCCUCGUCCAGUUCGAGCUGGAGUAGUUGGAUACCCUAAUGUUGGUAAAUCAUCCUUAAUAAAUCGCUUGCUAAAGCGUCGAAUGUGCCCAGCUGCUCCAAGACCUGGUGUUACUAGAGAACUGAAAUGGGUCCGGUUCGGAAAAGACUUAGAAAUGCUUGAUUCACCUGGUAUAAUUCCAAUGAGGAUCAGUGAUCAGUCUGCAGCAAUAAAACUCGCCAUAUGUGAUGACAUUGGAGAGAGAUCUUACGAUGCUGCUGAUGUUGCAGCCAUUCUUGUGCAGAUGCUUUCAAGGCUACCAACUGUAGGUAUGACAGCUCUGCAUGGCCGCUACAAGAUUGAGGCAGAUGGUAGCUGUGGUAGAGGCUUUGUUCAGAAGCUUGCGAAUCAUUUAUUCAACGGUGACACGCAUCAUGCUGCAUUUCGUAUUCUGUCAGAUUUUCGAAAGGGAAAGUUUGGCUGGAUAGCUUUGGAGAGACCUCCACAAUAGGACGUGGAUCAUGCUUUAUCGGCACUGUGCUUUACUUGAUCUGGUGCCCUACAUGUAACAUAAGGAGCUGAAGCAGUUUGUCUAUUUUCAAGCUACUCAAAUCAUAAACCGCAUUUUAGCUGUGCUUUUAUGAUUUGAGUAGCUUGAAAAUAGACAAACUGCUUCAGCUUCUUAUGUUACAGUGCUGUUAAAGUGUUGAUACCUCUUUUCGCCUUGUAAUUUAACAGCACUGUAACAUACCUCGUUAUACUGACUUUCCUCAUUGUGAAUGACCGUAAAACUGAGAAUGACUGCCACAGUGCAAUAUUACCAGUAUGUACCAAUUCCCUUUUUCCUCAAAAAUGAGAAGAAAAUAUAAUUGAAGC